GCAGGAUUCGCAAACCGCAUUAAUCCUGCGGAAAUGUCCCUUCCAAUGACAAACAUGCUCAAUUCAAAUGGUUCUACUUUUCAAAUCAAUCGAAAUGAACGGCCAGAUGAUAUUCGCACUCGAGUUAUUGGAGAAAUAGAUGAAGGAGAAUCUCUAAUUUAGAUGAUGAUUUCAAGCACUUACCUACCCCACAUCUAUAUGAACAAAUACAAUUAAAAGCAUCUCUCAGUGACCUUAAAGGUGGGGGUGACUUAUUCUGCGCAGGGCGAUAUUGUGGCAUUUCAUGGGGGUUGAAUCACCGAUAAGAUUAUCAAACUAGUGUUGAAAGCGUAGUGGACCUAACAACAACAAUACUAAGGGCACUGUCCUUUAUUUAAAAAAAAAAAAAAAGAUUUGUUUAUCAUUCUAUAAAACUCAAGGUCAACUAAUUAUCGUUAUAUCAAGAAGAUGAUUGAUGAACAUACGACUAAAGAAGAUUCAACAGUUUUUGGAAAGGUCUUAGUGGGACUAUCAUGGUUGUUAGUUAUUCUUACGAUGCCAUUUUCCCUUUUCGUUUGCUUUAAGGUCGUACAAGAAUAUGAGAGAGCUGUUAUAUUUCGACUUGGACGACUUUUAUCAGGAGGAGCAAAAGGCCCUGGUAUUUUCUUUAUUUUACCCUGUAUCGAUGCUUAUGCGAGAGUUGACCUCAGAACUCGAACAUACGAUGUUCCACCACAAGAGGUUCUAACAAAAGACAGUGUCACUGUUUCGGUAGAUGCUGUUGUAUACUAUAGAGUGCAUAAUGCGACAAUUUCGAUCGCAAAUGUUGAAAAUGCUCAUCAUAGUACAAGACUUCUCGCUCAAACCACUUUGCGAAACACAAUGGGUACACGACCUCUACAUGAAAUAUUGAGCGAACGAGAAACUCUUUCUGGAACCAUGCAGAGUUCAUUAGAUGAAGCCACUGAUACUUGGGGAAUUAAAGUCGAACGAGUUGAAAUUAAGGAUGUUCGUCUGCCGGUUCAACUUCAAAGAGCUAUGGCUGCAGAAGCUGAAGCCGCACGAGAGGCUCGAGCAAAAGUCAUUGCCGCUGAAGGAGAACAAAAAGCGAGCAGAGCUCUUCGAGAAGCUUCAGAAGUUAUUGGAGAUUCACCUGCAGCACUUCAACUUCGUUACCUUCAGACUCUAAACACAAUCUCAGCGGAGAAAAAUUCAACCAUUGUAUUCCCGUUGCCAAUCGAUAUGAUAACAUAUUUUAUGAAAGCCAAAGAAGCAAUGUCAGCAUAAAAUAUGAUUUUUUCGAAAUUUAAGAAAAAUCGCACACAAAAUUUGAAAUACGUACCAAAUCGUGAGAAGAAUUUCUUAGAAAAAACAAUAAAAAAUAUUCUUUCAAAUUCAGAGGAAGAAAUUUUCACAUCAUCAAGAUUAAAAACAAAUAAUUUCUUAUCGAUUAAAAAAGAAGAAAAUAAUAACGACGUAAGUGCGAAUAUUCAAGAAAAUAUUUAUAAAGACGAUAAAAGACUUUCUACAGAUAGAAUUUGCUAUAUUCGUCCAAUGAAUAAUUUCAACAUUAGUGAUGAAAUUAAUUUAAUAGAAGAUUAUCUUCAACAAUUUGCCGAAUAAACAACCAAUUAUACAAUCGAAUGUUAUAUGUAAAAGUUAUAUAUGUAAACUAUGGCCUCUUUCCAUCUAAGGGCGGAAAUAUAUAUGUAAUUAAUUUUUUUCGAUGAUUUUUAAAAUACUCAGAUAAAAAUGUCUAUUGUUAAUUUUUUUUCAUUUAUGACUUAAAAUGAAAAUAUCUCCAAAGAAACAUUUUUUUUUUUAAAUUUGUAAAUAUUUCACUUUCUAAUAUUAAAAUAAGUUUUACACGUGUGUAAUGUAAUUAAUUUUUUAUUUUUCUAUUCGUGUUUAUAGUCAAAAAAAAAAAUUUCAAGAAUUUUAAAUAAAAUAAAAAACAUUUUUUCUGAGUAAAAAUAUUCUAAAAAAAAAUUUUACCUAAAUGUCGAAAAAACAAAAAUUCCCUUUCUAUCUGGAAAUUGAGAACAAAAUAUUUGCUUUUUCGAUGAAAAUAUUUUGCGUAAAUAACGAAUUUUAUUAAACAAAAAAAAAA